AUGGCUAUAUUGUAUUUUCAUAUCUACAUUUAUCCAUCUGACCCUGCAUAUGGAGAUAGAGAUUCCACUGUCCUCAACCGCCUCCAACAGGUUUACACCCUGGUGAUCUCGUAUUGCAUCAGACAGCACAGCAGCGACAAACGUGUGCUCGACAUAUCAGGACUUCCAGAACCGCUUAUAGGCCCAGCAACAAUGGGGGACAUGCCUUCUUUGCGCCUUAACUCAGGGUCACGAAUUCCUUUUUUGGGUUUCGGUACCGGCGGCCUGGGACCACUGCGCCAGAUGUCGGACGCUGAGGCCGGGCGAGCGAUCGGCGCCGGACUAGAGAGCGGGUACCGGCACCUGGACACGGCUGCCUUCUACCAGAACGAGCACGUCAUCGGGAGCGUCCUGGGCGAGUGGAUCGCGGCAGGAAAGCUCAAGCGGGAGGAGGUGUUUGUGACCACGAAGCUUCCACCGACCGGCCUCCACGAGAGCAAAGUGGAGGCGUGGAUGCUUCGCUCACUGGAACGCCUGAAACUCUCCUAUGUGGAUCUCUAUCUCAUCCACUUCCCCGUCGCCAUGUUGGGCAACGACGGGGAGGUGGCGCCUUGCACGACGGAGGAUGGGCGUAUCCGCUUUGACCCCGAGGUCAGCCUGGAGAAGGUCUGGAAGGCGAUGGAGAAGCAGGUGAAGGCAGGUCGGGCCAGAGCCAUCGGUUUAUCUAACUUCAACAGCAGCCAGAUUAGCAGGAUUCUCAAAGUAUGCGAGAUCAGACCGGCCGUCCUGCAGGUGGAGGUCAACGCAUACCACCAGCAGCGCCUUCUGCGGGAGUUCUGUGGCCGCCACCAGAUCCCUGUGUGCGGUUAUGCUCCGCUGGGGGCACCUUCGACUCCUUUUAGCGCGAAGCUCCCGACGCUCAUCGAAGACGAGACGGUGCUGGCGAUGGCCGCUCGCUACGGACGCUCGCCGGCUCAGGUGCUCCUCCGCUACCUCGUCCAGCAGGAGGUCGUCGCCGUCUUCAAGUCUGCGAACCCGGGGAGGAUGAGGGAGAACAAGCAGAUUUUCGAUUUUUCUAUAAAACCAGAGGACAUGAAGCUCCUUGAUAACUUGGACCGGGGAAAAGAAGCAAGAAUUUAUACGAUGAAGUCAUUUAUUGGGGUCGACGAGCAGCCCGAGUACCCCUUCAACGCCCCCUUUUGAGGAAAACGGAAACGUAGCGACGCCAAAAUGUGGAGAUGGAUGCUCGUUUCCUAUACGAAGAAUGUCUUCUCAUUUUCUUUUUUUCUUAUUUUUCUUAAUUCCUUACUCUUAUUUUUCUUCUUUGUUUUUUCUAUCUCUCUCUCUAUUUCUCUUCUCUCUAUAUCUUUCUCUCCCUCUCCCUCUCCCUCCCCCUCCCUUCUCCCUCCCUCUCUCUCCC